AUGUCUGAUAUAACCAAUAAAAAGCGUAAAAAAAAAACUCAAUAUGCAAAAGUAAAGAUAUUGUUAAGCGUUAUAAGUAGUCAAAAGGCAUUUCAACUACCACUACUCAAGGACAUCUUUGGCGAGAUCAUAGAAUUGAUAAAGAUCAUUCAGAAGAAUCAGUAA